CUCCGCGGCGUCAAAUGGGCUCGCCUGCUCCCCACGCGCUCCUUCCCGCCGCCUGCGCCGCGUGCCCGUGACGCAGCGCGGCGCCGCCGUUGCCAUGGGAGCCGCGCGCGGCUGGAGCGGCGGCAGCGCCGCGGGGCGAGCGCGGCCACGGCGCGGGGGGGCCCGGACGGGGCCGGGUCGCGCCCAGGGGGGCCGCGGCGGCGGCGGUGAGCUGUCUCCUGGGCUCACUGGAGUCUGUAAGCCUGGCUUAGCUGCGACUAGAGUUUGUUGCCAGCACUGACGAAGAGAUUACUCUAGGAAUCAUGAACAUCAGUGACUUUGUAGUACUCCCAGGUUCAAAAACAGGAACCUCAGUGAGAUUAAAAGCAAAAAAUGUCAGAGAAUUGCAGUUGGAGAAAGUACAGUUAGAACUGGAAAACAAAGAGAUGGAGAAGAAAUUACGGCAACUACAAUCAAACAUGAAUAGAGAAAAAGAAGAGAGAAAGAAAUUGAGGGCUUAUCACUGGAGAUAUGGACAGGCAGGACCAAUGACCAUCCAAGCCAGAGUUUUAUCACAAAACCCAAAAAACAAUGAUAAGGUUUCUCCAGGAAAAGUGAAACUGAAACUACUCAAAGAACAGAUUCAAGAGCCAAUGAAACAGCCUUUUAAGUGUGAAAUGGCAAAUGCUGUAGCUUAUGAAACUUCUGAAAUGAAGGGAAUACCAUGUGGACAAUGUGAAACUAACAGUGCAUUAAUGAGAGAAGCCCAUAUGCCUCUUGGAAAAUUGGAAGUUGCCCAUCGCUUCAUCAAAGAAGUAAAUCUGGAUGAAUCGAAAAUUCAUCUUGAGCAGAAGAGAAGAAAUACUGGGCAUCAGCUCACAUCAGACAAGUCUUCAUCUCUGCUAACAUCAGUAGGUAGUGCUGAGCCCUCAGAAUCAAUUGGGACAGGCCUUGAAAAACAGGAGAGUGGGUUAUUACUACAUGGUGCAUUUAAUGAGGAAGAAUCUACACAAUGUUUUCAAGAAGCUUUGAUUCAGUGGAGAAAUAAAUUUUGUGAUCGCAGAACUAAUAUGAACUCCAGUGAGGUCUUAUCAGAAUCUGUGGGAGUUUGUGAGGUACAGACCCACCUUACUGUUACAAAAGAACCUAUCCAAAUUGAAUUCAAGGAGGACAGCCUGAGCUACAUGGAAAAACUCUUGCUUAAGAAGUACAGAAGAACUCCUGUUAAUCAAGUUUCUAGUAAUCAGGUUAAUGAUUUAAGGCCUGUACAAACACUGAAUGAACAUCAGGCUGCUGUGAUUGGAGGAGAAGGAGGUGGAAAAGGAGAUGAUGAUGACGAUGAUGAUGACGACUUAAUAGUUGAAGAUAUGAAGAGAUAUUGGGCAGCUCUUUUUAGACAGAAAGUACCUAACACUGUUUCUGAGAGUACAGAGUCCUCUCUGAAAAUUGAGGUCCUUGAUGAUUCUUAUGGCAAGGACUUGGAGGAAUCAUCUAACUUUUUGGUGAUGGAAGCUGGGGCUAUAGGAAUGAAUAAGCAAAGAAAAACUGAACCACUCAAGCAGUUUGGAAGUGGUGCAGCAACUGCAGGUCAGAGGAGCACAGUACCAGACCUUUUGCCAACAGAAAUUGUAGGCGCAGUGAGAAAGUCAUCUUGUCAUUUGACUUCUACAUCUGACACUCAAUAUAUUUUACCUCUUCCUCUUGAUAGAAAUUCUGUUUCUUCUAAAGAAAUUUCUCCAGAAAAAAUGGUUUUCUGCAGCCAUCUUGAAAGAAAUGCAGCGCAAAAGGAGAGUAUUAAAAUAAAGACUAUAGGAAGAAUGUUUAGCUCUUGUAAACUAUCUGAGAAGAUCUCUAACGCUACUAAACUAUCAUUACAGGAAGUAGCUCACAGAGAGAAACCUCUUUCUGCAUGGUAUUGGGGACUUGAAGGUUUCUUCGUUUUAGGUGUAAACCCUAAACAAGCAAUGCUCAAAGCAUGUUCUUCACUGUGUGCUGACUCCAGUGCUGUAAAAGAUAAUAUUUCAUUUUCAGGAGAUGGAAAAUGGGUUACUGACAGAAGCUUAAGUGAAUAUGCCGAUGACUCUGUAGUUCACGAAGUCUUAGAAAAUCAAUUGAACAGACCUUCAAAUGGUUUGGAAAGAAUAAACUCUUCAAACAGAGUAUCUCCCCUGAUGGUAGUGUAUCCAGGGAAGGAUUCUAGAAGACCAUGGACAACAAAUAUGCUAUACUAUAAAUUGGCUGGAAAUUGUCCAACAAACACUCAGCCAAGAUCAAGGAGUUCAAUUAUGCAUCCAUUAAGAGUUGUUACUGAGAUACCAAAAGACAAGUGCCUUGAUGCAAAUGAACAAGAUGAGGAUUUUUUGGGAUAUAGUGCUGACCAAGAAGCCCUAAUUACUCUGGAAAGAGAAUUACAAAGUUAUACAAGUCCUCAGGAAAAACUUUGCAGCUCAACUUCUGAAGACUUCCUCAGUGCAGAUUUCCACCAAAAUCUGGAACUAAAAGACCACAGUGGAAUUGAUACUUUAAGGGGCUGGGAUGAAAGCCAAAUGGAUGAUGAGGAAGAAAUUCUGAAGGAUAAGCAACAGGUUCUUGCGUUACAGUGAACAUACAAAGAACUUAAUGCAAUUGCUAUUUUUUUACAUAAGAUACAAAAACAAGAAGCAGAUGGAGAGGUGUUUGAGUGCUGCUGAUAUUAUUUAUAAGGAUUAUUUUGUAAGUCUGAAUAAAAAUGCUUAAUCACCUGGUUUUGACUUCUUUCUUAGUAUGAAUGUAAUAAGAAAUAACAGAAUAAAAAACUUAAAACUCUUACUG